CCCGCCUGCCCCCACUGCCUGCCUUUGUACCCUCACGUGCCAAGGAACGACCGCGACCCCGCGCACCAGCCUGGGGCCCUGUGGGCAGCCUUGUUGCAGUCGUCUGGCACAUUCCUGCAGACCAGUAGCUUCAGAGCAGAGGACCGCGGCACACACGGCUCACUGACUAGGUACCCGACCGUAUACUUGGGAGAAUCCUCUCCCUUCUCUGAGAGCCAAAGAUGUCAAAUGGGUAUUCCUCAGACAAGAGUUUCCGGUAUCUCAUCUCUUGCUUCAUGGUCAGACUGAAAAAGUACAUCCAGGUGGAACCUGUAAUGGACUACCUGACCUUUCUUCCUGCAGAUGUAAAGGAGCAGAUUCAGAGGACAGCUACCACCAGCGGGAACAUGCAAGCAGUCGAAUUGCUUUUGAGCAACUUGGAGAAGGGGGCCUGGCCCCCUGGCUGGACUAGGGAAUUUGUGGAGGCCCUCCAGCGAGCGGGCAGCCCUUUGGCCGCCCGCUAUAUGAACCCUGACCUCACCGACUUGCCCUCGCCAUCAUCUGAGAGUGCUCACGAUGAGUGUCUCCAACUGCUGAACAUCCUACAGCCCACUCUGGUGGACAAGCUUCUGGUUAAAGACGUCUUGGAUGAAUGCGUGGCGAAUAACCUGUUGACACCUGAAGACAGAAAUCGGAUUUCUGCUGCAGAAACCUAUGGAAAUGAAUCAGGCAUAAGAGAGCUACUGAAAAGAAUUGUGCAGAAAGACAACUGGUUUUCUACAUUUCUGAUGGUUUUGAAUCAAACAGGAAAUAAUAACCUUGUCCUAGAGUUAACAGGCCCCAGUUGCUUUGAAAGCAAUGCAGAGACUGAGAACUUAUCACAAAGAGAUGAUCCUGAACCUAAAGAGCCACUUCUUUCUGCCUCAGAUCAGCCAAUCUCAGAGAAAGAUGUCUGGGACAUGGAAAAUAUUUCAUCAGAAUCAUCUUUUGCAGAUUCUUCAGUGGUUUCAGAAUCAGACACAAGUUUGGCAGAAGGAAGUGUCAGCUGCUUAGAUGAAAGUCUUGGACAUAACAGCAACAUGGGCAGUGAUUCAGGCACCAUGGGAAGUGAUUCAGAUGAAGAGAAUGAAAUGAAAAGAGCAUCCCCUGAGCCUGAACUGCAUCUCAGGUCUUACCAAAUGGAAGUUGCUAAACCAGCCUUAGAAGGGAAGAACAUCAUCAUAUGCCUCCCUACAGGGAGUGGGAAAACCAGAGUGGCCGUGUACAUUACCAAGGGUCACUUGGACAAGAGGAACGGAUCAUCUGCACCUGGAAAAGUCAUCGUCCUUGUCAAUAAGGUACCCUUAGUUGAACAGCUCUUCCGUAAAGAGUUCAAACCAUUUUUGAAGAAAUGGUAUCGUAUUAUUGGAUUAAGUGGUGAUACUCAACUGAAAAUAUCAUUUCCAGAAGUUGUCAAAUCCUACGAUGUUAUUAUCAGUACAGCUCAAAUUCUUGAAAACUCCCUUUUAAACUCAGAAAAAGGAGAAGAUGCUGGUGUCCAGUUGUCAGACUUUUCCCUCGUCAUCAUUGAUGAAUGCCAUCACACCAACAAAGAAGCAGUCUAUAAUAACAUCAUGAGGCGUUAUUUGAAACAGAAGUUGAAAAACAAUGCUCUCAAGAAAGAAAACAAAGCAGUGGUUCCUCUACCUCAGAUACUAGGACUCACAGCUUCACCUGGUGUUGGAGGGGCCACAAAGCAAGCCAAAGCUGAAGAACACAUUUUAAAAAUAUGUGCCAAUCUUGAUGCAUUUACCAUUAAAACUGUGGAAGAAAAUAUUGAUGAACUCAGAGACCAAAUAAAGGAACCAUGUAAGAAAUUUGCAAUUGCAGAUGUCACCAGAGAAGAUCCAUUUAAAGAAAAACUUCUAGAAAUAAUGACAAGCAUUCAGACUUUUUGCCAAAUGAAUCCAAUGUCAGAUUUUGGAACUCAACCCUAUGAACAAUGGGCCAUUCAAAUAGAAAAAAAAGCUGCAAGAGAAGGAAAUCGCAAAGAACGUGUUUGUGCAGAGCAUUUGAGAAAGUACAAUGAGGCCCUACAAAUUAAUGACACAAUCCGAAUGAUUGAUGCAUAUAAUCACCUUGAAACUUUCUAUAAUGAUGAGAAAGAAAAGAAGUUUGCAGUCCUAGAAGAUGAUAGUGAUGAAAGUGGUGACAGUGGUGAUAAUGAUGGUGACAGAGAUGAGCUUGAUGAAAAGAAGCCUUUGAAACUGGAUGAGACAGAUAAAUUUCUCAUGAACUUGUUUUUUGAAAACAAGAGAAUGUUGAAAAGCCUGGCUGAAAACCCAGAACAUGAAAAUGAAAAGCUGACAAAAUUAAGAAACACCAUACUGGAGCAAUAUACUAGGACUGAAGAAUCAGCCCGGGGAAUAAUUUUUACAAAAACACGACAGAGCGCAUUUGCCCUUUCCCAGUGGAUUACUGAAAAUGAAAAAUUUGCAGAGGUAGGAGUCAAAGCACACCAUCUGAUUGGAGCAGGACACAGCAGCGAGUUCAAGCCUAUGACACAGAAUGAACAAAAAGAAGUCAUUAGUAAAUUUCGCACUGGAAAAAUAAAUCUGCUUAUCGCUACCACUGUGGCAGAAGAGGGUCUGGAUAUAAAAGAAUGCAAUAUCAUUAUCCGCUAUGGUCUCGUCACUAACGAAAUAGCCAUGGUUCAGGCCCGUGGUCGAGCGAGAGCUGAUGAGAGCACCUACAUCGUGGUUGCCCCCUGUGGUUCAGGAGUUGUUGAACGUGAGAUAGUUAAUGAUUUCCGAGAGAAAAUGAUGUAUAAAGCUAUAGACCGUGUUCGAAAUAUGAAACCGGAGGAGUAUGCUCAUAAGAUUUUCGAAUUACAAAUGCAAAGUAUAAUGGAAAAGAAAAUGAAAAUCAAGAGAAGUACCGCAAAACAUUUCAAGGACAAUCCAUCAUUAAUCACUUUCCUCUGCAAAAAUUGCAGUGUGCUAGCCUGCUCUGGAGAAGAUAUUCAUGUAAUUGAGAAGAUGCAUCAUGUCAAUAUGACACCGAAAUUCAAGGAACUCUAUAUUGUGAGAGAAAACAAAGCACUGCAAAGCAAGUUUGCCGACUAUCAAACAAAUGGUGAGAUUAUCUGCAGAUGUGGCCAGGCUUGGGGGACGAUGAUGGUACACAGAGGUUUAGAUUUGCCCUGUCUGAAAAUAAAGAAUUUUGUAGUCGUUUUCAAAAAUAAUUCACUAAAGAAACAAUACAAAAAGUGGGUAGAAUUACCUAUUAUAUUUCCUGAUCUUGACUAUUCAGAAUAUUGUUUGUUCAGUGAUGAGGAUUAGCAUUUGAUUCAUGAUUCUUUUAAAAUAUUAUCAACUUUGUAUUUAGUAAUGUUUUGAUUACAGAACUGAUGUAAGAAUUAAUAAAAUAAUUGCUUGACUUUGCA